GGAAGUCUUCCUCUCCUAACCCCCGCUCAACUAAGUUAGGUCUCUGCUCUGCGUCCCUUGGCAUCCUGUAGUUACCUGACCUUAACGCGUGCACCACAUUACAUUGCUUUAUUCUCCCCCCAUAGGGCUUGUAAACUCUGGCUCCUAGAGGCCAGUGACUGUUUUUGCUUGGUGCAUCAUAGAUUCUGCAAACCAGGGAAGGUACUGCCUAUUUUGCUGUCAGAGUAAUUAAUUUGAUAUAAGAGUCCCAUAUUGUCUAUAUAUGAAGAAAGACAAGGUCACCUGAAAAAUGGGGAAAAGGAUUUUCAAAAUGUCUGCAGCCCCUCAAGCACCUUCCAGAGGAUCCAUUCGCAAGACAAGACCUCUGGUUGUAAAGACGUCCUUGAACAACCCCUAUGCUGUCUGUUGGAGCACACUGGAGAAGGAGGACAUGCACUUCAUAUUACAGACAAUUGAGCAGAAGUUUAAAUCUAUUGGACUUCGGAAAAUCGAGGACAAGAAAAAAAGAAAAAAAAUGCCUUUUAUAAAAAAGCACAGGGUAGAAAGAUGCAGCCUAGAUGUUAAUACUAGUGAGGAUCUGAAGGACAAAAGGCCAGAAGCUAACCAGCAGAUGUCAGGGUGGACGCCUGUGCAGAUCAGGAAGCAGCUUGCCAUAGGUGUUAAUGAAGUCACUAGAGCUCUGGAAAGGAGUGAACUGCUCUUGGUUCUGGUAUGUAAGUCAGUCAAGCCUGCCAUCAUCACCUCACACUUGAUUCAGUUAAGUGUAAGCAGAGUUGUUCCUGCCUGUCAGGUUCCCUGCCUCAGUGCAACACUCGCCCCUGUCAUUGGCUUAAAAUGUGUGCUAGCAUUGGGAUUCAAAAAAGACACCACUGACUUUGUAGAUGAAGUAAGAGCUAUCAUUCCCAGAGUGCCCAGUUUAACUGUACCAUGGCUUCAGGACAGAAUUGAAAAUAUUGGAGACAAUUUAGAAACUGAAUCUUUGGGAAUCCAAGACAAAGAGACUUUGGAAACUUCAUUUGAAGAUCUCUCGAAACACAAGAGAAAACUUGAAGGUCAGCAGGUCUCUGUAGCAUUACAGCCUCUUAAAAUAAAGAAAUUGAUUCCCAACCCUAAUAAGAUAAGGAAACCGCCCAAAAGUAAAAAAACUACUUCAAAGUAAUCUUGUGUAAACUUUUCAUGCAAUUGAUAAAAGGACACCUUUUAUAAAGAAGGCUUGAAACAAAUAAAAUGAAAUAUAUUUAUGUAUAUUGGGA